AAGCUAUUGAAGACAAAAUGGGAAAAAACUCAACCCCAAGCAUGCUGGGUAUGGGUUUUAUUAAGGAGGGAGUUUGGUACCUGCAAUGAGAACCCAGGUCGAUCAUCCAUCUUCAUCGUUCUCAUCUUCCUCGCCGUCGAACCCAUCGAUUUGGGAAGUGAAGAUUCACCGUCCCUUCUUCCUCCCAUCUAGCAAAGCAAUGGACCAAAUGCUUGGCCAUUCUGCUUGGAAUUCAACCGAAGAAAGAUCGCAGAGAGAGAGAGAGAUAGUGUGGGCAUGGAAUCGUGUACACGGAUCGCAGGAGAGAGAGAGGCUGCUCGGUCUGCGACGGGAGCAAGAGCGGUGUACUUCUCAGAGAGAAGAUGGAGACUUCUGGAAACCCAGAAGUGUUGCUUGGCUGGUGAUAGCCCAUCAAACAUUGCCCAAUGAUUCCGCUGCAAGAGUCCAAGAGGACCGGAUCAAAGGAGCUUUGUGGCCGAGAGUGUUGCUGGGCUUGAAGCCAGAUUUUCAAAUGCAGGGCCGAUUGUAGGUGGAUGGAAAAAAAAAAGUGGAGGUUUGCAAGAGGAGAGAGGUUUUGCAGGGGUUGAUUUUGUUAACUCCAAUUGGACCAAUUUGCUGAUCAAAACCGGACAUCAUGAUAAAAUUCAGCUCAAUUGAAUAUCGGUAAGUACUUCAUCUAGUAUUUUGUUUAUUUUCUUUCAAAUUCUUGACUGAAAAUUUUAAUUGUAACAAAGGAAUCAAAAUAAAAUAAGCGGUUCCGAUAUAAGGUUGAGCUGAAUUUUAUCAUGAUCUCCUAACAAAUGAAUCUAGAAAAAUUGUACAGUUUUGAUUAGCAAAUUGGGAUACGGAAUGAGCAUACCCUCGCGAGGGUGAACAAAAUUGCUCUCCUUUUUUAUAGUCCAGUAUUUCAUUUUGAACUGUCCCUUAAUAAGUGUACAUUUUAUAAAGUAGUGGAUAAAAGUAUAAUUUCCAUUUUGCCACUAAAAUAGAUUUCAUUUUGAAAAAUUUACGAGUAAAAAUGUAAUGAUGAUACCUCCAUAAAGGCUAUGUAAGAAAAGUUAACUUUUAGAGUAUAAUAAUGAUGUCUCAAUAAAAAGUUGAAUUUACACUGUGGGACUUUUAAAG